GAACAGAACACAGUGUAAACUCUGAGCUCAGCUCAACCUACCUCCUUCUUUCCACCCUCCUCUCAAUCAGCAGUAAUUCAUUACCGUGUUGUCCUGUGUGAUUACAGCAGCAGCAGGGCCCUGGGGAGGAAAUGUUUUUGAGAAGGAGCAGAGGAAGGAAGAUGACAUUUCCAAACCUGGAUAAGCAGCCAUAGACGCGUCAAUGUGUGUGUGUGUGUGUGUGUGUGUGUGAGAGAGACAGGUAACACACCAUGCUAAUCUCUGCUAGACACAGAAGAGGCUUGUUUUUAGUUAGCGUCGGUGUGAUUGAACAAGUUCUUUGUUGCUAACGAAGGUCCUGAGCACUGAAGGUCUGCUUGCCUGCCUGCCUGCCUGCCUGCCUGCGCUGUGUUCCUGAGCCGUGUUCGUGUUCCUGUUCGUGGGGAUGCUGAGUAUCUGGAGGCGCUCAGUGAGCGAGGUGCAGGCUCUUCAGGCUGCGGUCAGCGUGUGUAAGAAGGCCCAGGCCUCUCUGGUCAGAGUGACCGCCUGCUUCCAGCAGUUGUUGCUGAGCGUGGGGGGGAGCUCGGACUGCAGCCAACUCCGAGAGGAACUGGAGGAGACCCGGCUCAAAGCUCACCAGAUCAGCACAGGGCUGUGUUCCCGGCUGACGGCCCUGCUGAUCGGUGGCCGUCUCUUCGGUGAGGAGCUGCAGGAGGUGGAGAGGCUCUGGGUCCUGUUCCUGUCCGGCCUGGAACUGCUCCAGCUAGAGCUGCGCAAGGCCUUCCACCUGCAGGCCGUGUUCCCCCUGGCCAGCCCUCAGGACAGCCGGGCGCUGGUCAACACCGGGGCGAGCGGCCGCAGUGCAGAGGUGGCAGCGCAGGCAGCGAGCGUGCAGACCCCCUGGGGCGAGGCAGAGGAAAAGGGAGAGGGGGCACCCCCGAAUCUGCUCGGACACAUAGCGCAGCUGGAGUCCAUAGUCCAGGAGAUGGUGCAGAAGGUGAACGUGCACAUAUGGACGGUGGUUCCUUCAGAGGAAGGCAACGGAGAGAUGGAACUGGAGUUAGAGGGAGCCACUUCAGAGGAGAUGCUGACCACCGACGAGGAGCAGAAAAGAGGCUGCUUCAGGGGCUGGCUUCUCUGCUUGACGUCCUGAAAACAGAUACACCAGCAGAAGCAGUUGCAUUUUUAACCUCAGGAGCAAAAACCUUCUAGCCAGGCUGCUGGACACCAGUACCUCUUUAUUCUUAGUCUGGUAGACAAGCUUUUCCUAACCUUGAAUAUAGCCAGGGUGGGAAUCUAAUGAAGUGUCAGGGGCUCCAAAUUAGCCACCAAUGUGUAUGCUUAGUUCAGAAAUUAUCAGCUCAAAACAUAUGGAAUGGGUUACAGGGAGGAUUAAAGGGUUAUGCAGGGCAAUUAAGUAAUGAACAAAAAUGCAUCCAACUUCAACACUCCACUGCAGGCUGAGCAAAGAAAGUGCAAGUGGGACAAAACAAAUCUGCUGAAAUAUUGUGCACUUAGUUAAUUGAGAAGUGAAUAUGCACCAAGAUUGACUGCUAAACUGCUAGAAAAUGUCUUAAUGGUACUGUACACUUCUGUAAAGUCUAAAUAAAGAACAAUUACUAGAACACAUGCAUUUGGUU